CGGAUCUUUUAUUACAGCUAUUCUUAUAAUGCAAGUUCGCUUCACUUCCUCCUCCACAGCGAAUAGAGGAACUGACCAUUUGCUGUUCCGUCAGCCUUGCAGUUGUAAGCGACAUUAUUCACAACUAACGGGCAGAAGAUGAAUACCUUUGCAUGAGAUAUUUUGUUGCAACUUUCCGUAGAAUUGUUCAGCACACACGGAGGCAGCGAUGGCGGGGCCGGGGGUUCAGCAGCAGGGCGAGCUGACGGAGUAUAGGCGGAGCCUGAUCAAGCGCGACCUGGAGAUGGGCGUGGUCAUGACGGUGUUCCGCCAGAAGAUGGAGCGUCUGACGGUGCAGGUGAUCAUGGAGACACGGCAGGUGGCCUGGACGCGCACCGCGGACAAGAUCGACGGAGUGUUGGACCUGUCGGAGAUCAGAGAGGUCCGGACAGGCAGAAACUCCAAAGACUUUGAGCGCUUCAAGGACUCCAAGUGCAGGCAUGAAAAUGCUACAUGCUUCACCAUCUUCUACGGCUCUCAGUUUGUGCUCAACACCCUCAGUCUAGGAGCGGACACAGUGGAGGAUGCUGAGAAGUGGAGGAUAGGCCUGGAGCUACUGAGGGAGGAGGCACUGGGGGCCGUCACGCCGGACAUCAUAGAGAGUUGGUUACGAAAACAGAUGUACUCAGUGGAUCAGACAAAAAGAAACAGAGUCUCCCUGAAGGAGUUGAAGUCUCUUCUUCCCCAAGUCAACAUGAAGGUCCCCAGCUCCAGGUUCCUGAAGGACCGAUUUGCGGAGGUUGGAGCAAAAAAGGAAAUGCUGAACUUUGAACAGUUUCAUAAAUUCUACAAUUAUUUAAUGUUUGAAAAUCAAAAGAGUAUUUUAGAUGAGUUUAAGAAGGAGUCAUGUGCAUUCAUCAUGGGCAAUACAGAGAAGCCAGACUCUUCGGCUGUUUUCUUGUAUGACUUCCAGCGCUUCCUCCAACUUCAACAGAAGGAGACCUGGGCGUAUAGCCUGAACCAGGUGAGGGAGCUGAUGACCACCUUUAUUGAUGACACCAUGAGGAAGACGGAUGACCCAGAGUUCACCGCUGGGGAGUUCUUGAAUUUCCUCUUCUCCAAAGAGAAUUCCAUUUGGGAUGAGAAGUACUCGGAGGUGUGCAGCCUGGACAUGAACAACCCGCUAUCCCACUAUUGGAUCAACUCCUCACACAACACGUACCUGACGGGUGACCAGAUCCGUAGUGAGUCCUCCACGGAGGCGUAUGUGCGCUGCCUGAGGCUGGGCUGCCGCUGCAUCGAAUUGGACUGCUGGGAUGGGCCAGACUACCCCAUCAUAUAUCACGGCUGGACCAGGACGACCAAGAUCAAGUUUGAGGACGUGGUCAAGGCCAUCAACGAGCACGCCUUCGUCACCUCGGAGUACCCUGUGAUCUUGUCCAUCGAGGAGCACUGCAACCUGGACCACCAGAGGCAGAUGGCGGCCAUCUUCACGCGGGAGUUCGGAGACAAGCUGCUGGUGGAGCCGGUGGAGGAGCUAGCGGAGCAGUUGCCCUCGCCAACACAACUCAAGGGCAAGGUCAUCCUCAAGCAUAAGAAGUUGAGCAUGGAGAGUCUGGGGAAGAAGGACGUGCGGAAAGGAGAGAAGCAAGGAGACCUCCUCAUCUGGGACCCCGUAGACCAGAAAUGGAAUAAGCACUACUGUGUGAUCUCGGAUGAUAAGCUGUACUUCGCUGAGCAGUACGAGGAGGAGGAUGAGUUUGGCACGGUUGGUCAGGUGUUUGCGGAUCAGCACGUGACGGAGCCCUGGUUCCACGGCCGCAUGUCUGAGGGCCGCCAGACGGCCGAGCGGCUGCUGCAGGAGUUCUGCGCCGACUCGGGAGGGAAGGACGGAACCUUCCUGGUGCGCGAGAGUGACACCUUCCUCACCGACUUCACGCUCUCCUUCUGGCGCGGUGGGAGAGUGCAGCACUGCAGGAUCCGCUCGGGGUCCCAGGAGGGCCUGGUGUAUUACUACCUCACAGACAACCUGCACUUCCCCAGCGUCUACGCGCUCAUCCUGCACUACAAGGACAACCCGCUGCGCUGCAUGGACUUCCACCUGCGACUUACGGACGCCGUGCCCAGGCCGGACCAGCACCUGCAGCAAGGGUGGUUCUACAUCAACCUGAGUCGUGGGGAGGCGGAGGACUAUCUGAUGAGGAUUCCUCGCGACGGAGCGUUCCUCAUCCGACAGAGAGACGACCCCGACUCAUUCGCCAUCACGUUCAGGGGCGAUGGCAAGGUGAAGCAUUGCCGUAUCCAGCGGGAGGGCAGCAUGUAUGUGCUGGGCUCCUCAUCUGAGUUUGAGAGCCUGGUGGAGCUGGUCACCUACUACCGCAAGUGUCCCCUCUACCGCAAGAUCAAACUGCGCUACCCCGUCACACGAGAACUGGUGGAGAGAUUCAGCAAGGAGCGGGACUGUGGCUCCAUCUAUGACAUCAAGAUGUAUGUGGAGCCAAAUGAGAUCGAGUCUGCCAUGCCCCAGAGUACGGUGAAGGCCCUGUAUGACUACCGGGCCGCUAGAGAUGAUGAGUUGACCUUCUGCAAAGGGGCCCUGAUACACAACGUCACCAAAAACCCCGAAGGAUGGUGGAAAGGAGACUAUGGCGGGAAAAUCCAGCUCUUCUUCCCCGCCAACUAUGUGGAGGAGGUGACCAACAACACCAAGACCGACCUCAAAGACCCCGCAAUGGAGGAUAACCCCUUAGGUGACCUGUGUAUGGGAUUGGUGGACCUCUCUAACUGUACUGUCUUGAGGUCUGCUAAGAACGGUAUGCCUCAUGUGCUGUGUGUGGCGGUAAAUGAUACGCGUGAGGUGGGCCAGCAGUAUGACUUUGCCACGGACUCUGUGGAGGAGCUGUUUGAGUGGUACCAGACGGCCUGGAUGAUCACCCAGCGCAAGAUCAACAAGGACUUUGAGAUCAAGCAGCAGAAGGAGAUAGAGACUAAAGACGAGGUGGCCAUCGAGAUGUCCGACCUGGUGGUGUACUGCCAACCACGCAGCAAAGACAAGGACAGCUUUGAGAAGUACACGUUCCAGGAGAUCCGCUCGUUUGUGGAGAACAAGACUCCGUCCAAGAGCAGGUCCCGAGACUUCCUGCGUUACAACCGCAAGGCCCUGAGCCGCAUCUACCCCAAGGGCCAGCGCAUGGACUCCUCCAACUACGACCCCUACCCGCUCUGGCUCAACGGCUGCCACAUGGUGGCGCUCAACUUCCAAACCGCAGAUAAAUACACACAGCUCAACAGCGCCCUCUUCAGUAUGAACGGCUACACUGGCUACGUGCUGCAGCCAGAGAUGAUGAGAGACGAGGAGUACGAUCCCACACACAGGACCACAGUCAAAUACACCAUCACAGUUCGGGUGAUUGCUGCCAGGCACCUCCCCAAGCUGGGCCGCAGCAUCGUGAGCCCCUUCGUGGAGAUCGAGCUGUGCGGCCAGACGGACGAGAGCAAGUUCAAGACCAUCGUCAGAACUGAUAACGGCCUGAACCCGGUGUGGCCGGCGCCCCCGGAGCCGGUGACCUUCACGGUGCUGGAGCCGGAGCUCACCUUCCUGCGCUUCGUGGUCAACGAGGAGGACAUGUUCUCCGACCCCAACUUCCUGGCCCAGGCCACCUUCCCCUUCAAAGGAAUACGCUCAGGCUAUCGCUCAGUACCGCUGAAGAACGGCUUCAACGAGACGAUAGAGUUGGCUUGUCUACUGGUGUACGUCGACAUCCAGAAGGUGGAGAAAGCGGAGGAGGAGCUGUACUCUUCGUCCAGUCAGCUGCGUAAGCGACAGGCGGAGCUAAGUAACGAGCUCUUCCUGUAUGAGUCGCACACCAACCUGCAGCGACGAGACCGCGACGACCCCACGCGCAGGGACGACCUGAUACGCGAGUUCAGCACCAACGAGCGGCAACUCAUGAAGAUACAGGACACCUGCAAGCAGAAGAUCAAGGAGAAGAAAAUCAACAACAGCAAGUUCUACUCCUGAGACAGGACACCAAGCCUCCUGAUACUUACUCUGGAACACACGCACAUACACACACACACACACACACACACACACACACACACACACACACACA